AUGUUUCUCGCUACACCCAAGCACGCUGGUAGCCACGUCUUCAACGCUGAUCCCAUCCUAACGGCUAAGAUGGCGGGCCACCAUGUCCACGGGUACAAUGAUAACGUGUGCUUUGUCUCUGAACGCAAUCCUACGGUGGCUCGGCCGGUAAUCCUAUUCCACUUUGAUGCCAACUGUAUCCUGGAGCGGGUUACUGAAAUCAGAAAGCCAAUGCUCUUUAACACGGUUCUAGACCGCAACUACCAACCCUGUCAUUGCACUAGGCUUGUGGGGGUGAAGACAUCUGUGUUACCAACAGCUGUACCAACAGCACCAGUGGCGAUAGCAAAUCACGUGCCCAGGUAUCAGAUGGUGAAUCCUAGCGACUACCACAACAACCUUCCUUCGCCCAGUCCCGCUGCUACGGUAACUCCAACUACGCUGGAGACCCCCGUGUCUGACGUUGCGGCUGCAGCCAUUGCACGAUCCGGGACCA